UAGUUUUUACAAUACUAUGAGCUCGAUUAUGCCAACCAUACAAUCAGAAAAAGUGAAAUGUCUAUUUGUUUUUGGUAUUACGUUGCACAACAGCCAAAAGUUUGAGGCAAAUGAAAAUAAAAUUGAGAAUCGUCACGUUAUAUGCGAUAAUAAAGAAAUUUGUUCAACACUCCAACCUCAAAUUGUCAAAUAUCGUUCCAAGUCAACAUUUUCACAAAGCAUACGGAGAUGUCUCCUUCAGCAAUAUCCCUCUGUGAUUUCUCUGAACGAUCAGUUUUCUAUUAUUUCAUCUUUAUCAAACCACCAUCGGUGGGACUGGCCUGCUAGUUCCUUACAAUUGAAGUAUGAACAACGGUUUUCCACAUCUAUGAAGUACUAUCCCGGGUCACCAAGAAACCGGAUCAUACAAGCAUGGUGUUACAGAAAUGACCCAGGAAAUAUAAUUGACGCGUGCCUGAACAAUUUGUUCGGUUCCAAAUGCGAAAUUCCGUAUUCAAAAAAGAGGUCUGGAGAACCUUAUCGGAAACGAUAUCCUGUUGCAGUAAGGUCAAAACAAGCGGCAACUAUAACACCAGCCAUUUAUCCAAACUUGGCAGAUGAUUACGGAACAAAUCUUUAUAAAUAUUUCUGUGGUGAAUUAUUCCGUCAUAACCGUCUUCACUGGAGAUUAAGAAACGAAAAUAAACAAGUUGUUGCUAUGGGUGGUUACGACAUCUACAGUGGAGACUUUAUGGUAACCUUUUCUUUCUCUUAA